AUGUGGGUGCAUGACACAAAUUGGUACCGCAUAGGAGAGAGUCAUACAUGCGAAUCUCCUGGCUCCGGCCUCUGCAUUACUUUCUUGCUGCUUGAUGGUCGAGACCAUCGUGAGGCCUUUGUUGAAGACAACUACACCCCUUUCCUUGUUCCCCCGGAAGGCAGCGUGAACUCAAGAAGGGGUCGAAGCUGCGCCAGCCGCUUGAGCACUUCGUCACUCGUCAGAUUGGUCGUGGUGGCAGAAGAUAAGGCUCUGCUCAGCGUCAUGCUGGCAAUGACGUUUAUGGACGCAUCUGAUGCAAUUUCGGUCUUGCCGGUCUGCCCCGCAUCUCAUUUUCACUUCCUUGUCGCUUCAUGUCGAGCCUAUUUUAAGCAAGCCGACAGUAGCCAUGACUUUGCUGACUAA